AUGAAGGUGUUGUUAGUGUUAGGAGUAGUGUGCCUGGCCGCCUUGUGCGCCGGCGAAGCUGUUGAGGAUCAGGCCGUGGCGGCCAGCAAGGGGCACCACCACGAGCAUGGUGGCGGACACGAGCACCACGCGCACCACCACCAUGAGCACGGCGGUCACGGACAUAAGGGCCACAAGGGACACCACCACCACCACAAGGGCCAUGAAGGUCACCACGGCAAACACCACCACGAAGACCAUCACCACGAGCACGGCGGCGGACACAAGAAGCACUGGGACGAGCACGACCACCACGGCGAACACCACGAGCACGGACACCACCACAAGGGCGGCAAGCACGGACACAAGAAGCAUCACGACAAGGGCGAGCAUGUUGAUGGCUACCACAAGAAAUACCACAAGGAUCACUUCCACAAGGACCACCACUUCCACGACGGCCACCACCACGAGGGCAAACACCACAAGCAUCACCAUCACCACGGACACCACGAGAAACACGGAGGUGGCCACAAGAAGGGCGGUCACCACCACUCCGGCCACCACGAGGGCCACCACGGGCACCAUGGCCACCACGACAAGCACCACUACGACGAGGACCACAAGGGCCACAAGGGCCACCACGGACACGAGGAGCACCACCACCACCACCACGACCACGGCAAGAAGGGCGGCCAUCACGAUCACAAGGACUGGGGCUUCCACCACGGCAAGCACUGA